AUGUUUCCGUUGAAUCCAUUAUUCCCUCCUCUUCUCAAGGAUGGUUGCUCUCGCAUCAUCUCUGGCGCACCAACACACACGAAACCUCAAUUCCUUGUCAUCCCUGGUUCUCCGAUCGAUCUCACAAAAUGUUUGUCAUCACUUGUUAACGUUGAAGGUUGCGUAACUGAAAUCUACAAAUCAGUUUUCACAGGAAAGUUUGGUAAUGUUGGAUAUAUGUGCUGCAAGGCGUUUUCAGCUGUGGAUGUAAAAUGUUGGCCACAAAUGUUUCCGCUAAAUCCGUUCUUCCCUCCUCUUCUCAAGAAGGAAUGUUCUCCUAUCAACGCAGCCACUCCUACACACAAAUGA